GGUUGAGUGACGGCAUUGAGGUGACAUCAGAUCAGGGGUCUGUCUGUCGGUCCAUGUAUGUACGUACUUGUGUGGAGGUCACUGGACGGACGAAUGCAUUCCAUGUACCCUACGCACACACAGCUAUCUGGCCGGUGAGUGAUAGAUUAGACAGUUUGUCAGUCAGUCAGUCAGUGAGUGAGUCAGUCGACAGCCGAUAAAUAUCGAUCGUAUCCUACCAUCCAUCGUAUAAGAGCAACACACACCUCACGUCACCCACCCCACGCAUACCAUAACACCACACCCACCACAAGAAACACCACAAGCACGUCAUCCACACGACGGGCAUCGCAUCGACGUGACGAGAUACGACCACCACACACGACACGUGAUGAAAUUAACCACGGCAUUCAUCCAUGAACACACACGCACGCACCCCUUAUCCAUCCAUCGUGCCAUGCCGUGCCGUGCCAUGAAAUUAAAACUCACGCCACGCCCUUGCAGGGCGCGUCAAAGAAAAACGAAAACAAAAACGUCGCCCUGUCUGUCUGUCUGUCCCGUGCCCCCGAUCGCUCCGUCCCUCUCAGAAGUAUGUAUGUGGCCGGUGUGAGUGUGCGUCCACCGUUAGUUGGUUAACAAAAACGACCGACUAGAAAAGUUAUCAAUCUGUGCUCGCCUCGCCUCGCCUCGUGUGCGUGUAAGUAAUGUGUGUAGACCGAUAUAGAUAGGUAGACAGAAGGGUAUGGUAUCUCUCCAUGCCAUGCCAUGUGUACGGUACGUACCAAGAAUGACUGAGUGGGCCAGUUAAUGCAUUGCGUUCAUGUACUUAGUGUACGCAACGACCGACAGACCGACCGACAGACGAACCGAGCCCCAAUCCAAUUGUCAUCCCCUCACCGUACUGUCAUCAGGUCAGAUGUCUUCUCCCGUUCUGUUGGAAGGCGACGGUGAGCUGCUCUCAGACACCUACACACACACACACAUCCAUCCCAUUCAAGAAUAUGACCACGGGAGCGUGCCUAUUUGGUCGCCUGCCUCUUUGCCUGCGCACGUACGUCAGGUGUGCCGUCGUCUUGUGGUUGUGCGAGUAGUAUGAGUAGCUUGAGGUCCUGCUCCCCCUGGAUGGCUGCAGCGAUGGCCCCAGCAUCCAGGUGCACCUCGCCGUCAGCCGCACUCGUGAAAGACAGCCGCACACCCCCGAUCUCCAACGCCCACAAUGGCGACACCGAGGCUGCCGCGGGGGCCACAGACAGAUCCUCAACCGUCAUCAGCUGCACCCUGAUUGAUGACAUGAAAGACCAGACAGAGGACCGUGCUCAUCCGAUCGGUGGACGCCACGCCACGCCCGUAGCUUACUACUUACCUGAGUCCAUUUGUGAUGGUCUCGUCGUCUUCCAGGUCUGUGCCGCUCGCCUUGGUCUCAAAAUGCCUGACAGAUAGACGAGAUAGGUGCGCACACACGCAUAUGCACUAUCGGGAGAGCUGUACUGUACAUAUGGCAUAUGGCUCGUGUGUGGGUGGGUGUUAGAGUGACGAUACAUACCUUUCUGGUUCGGAUGCGCGUGCGACUGGUGUGAGUCUGAAUGCGAGUUUCUGGCUGCGGUAGGUGAAUGACGAGCACGUGAGGGCCGAUGACGACUUCCACCCUCGCAUCAGCUGCCGGUAACACGGUAUCACCAAACGCACACGCACCACCUGCACAGACACACACAGACACACACCGCACACAGACAGACAGACGAUAGUUGAUCAAGACAAGACGCACUGCACUGGUGCAUUGCAUCCCGCCUCGCAAGUCAAGUCCCUGGCUGGCCUGGCUGGUUCAGCUGGCUGACCUCGUCUUUGAUCCUGAUGUUCAUCUGUCCAGCCCUGGGUGAGAUUUCAAUGCCCCUGCCGUCCUCCUUGUCCAUGGAAGCGAUGUAGGGUGCGUCGAACACACGCAUGGCCACGUGGAACCCCCCCUCGUGCUGGUAGCGCCCCACACGAUCCAAAUCCAUCACAUGCAGACUGCGCAGUGACACCGGCAAGGCAGUCCCCGGCUCCCACCUGACACACACACACAUGCACACAGCACAGCACAGAGAGACAGAUGGCUGGUCUUCGGAUGGCAGACAGACAUAUGUGUCGCUCGUUGCCCAACCAGAGUAGGAUGGGUGGGUUCCAUUUCCAGGAGCCCUUGCUGGUCUCUAUGGCGGUGACGACGGCCAGGCCGGCCUCAUCCUCCACUCGGUGUGCCGUCACACCAGACUGCAGCAGUGGGGGGUCCAUGAACUCAACGUAGAAGCCGCCCUUCCGACCCUUGUCGCCGUGGCGCUCCCCCCCGCUGCUGAAGACCAGCCGGGCGCACAGCCGCUGCUGGCCGUGGGACAGCGGCUCGCUCGACACCUCGUAGCUGACAGAGGGCGUCUUGAUGUGGGCCGCCCGCAGCAUGUCGAAGGCGGGGAAGUGGACCACCUCAUAAUGCUGCAUUGCAGGUAAACAGAGGGCACGAAAUCUUGAGAGAUUAUCCAUUGCCUGUCUGUCUGUCUGAUUAUCUUAGUCUUUUAUCUACGUUUUGUUGCUCGGUGGUGAUUCCCUGUGCGAUUCUGAGUGAAAUGUCGAGUGGGUCCUUCUUCUUGGGCAGCGACAGGCAUAUGACCUCGCCGGUGGUGGCGCCCCUGGCCAGGUGUGCCGGGGGGUGGGCCUUGCCAUUGACCUCGCCCACCCACAUGAGCGGCCCAAGGCUGUCGGCUGGACCCUCACGAGUCACGUGCAGCGCACCGGAUGCUGCCACAGAGCACUGCAGCGAGGCAGAGGAGCCUGGGAGGCCGAACCGGGGAGUCGGGAUGGGGGAGUCCACUCCACACACCUGGGGGGGGUGGGGGAUGGAUACGAUAGAUACAUGGCAUCAUAUCAUCACAGAGAUGUCAUGUCACGUAUGCAAAGCAAAGCUUGUGCGUGUUUGUGGAUCAGGCAGGGAAGGGCUCACCUGUGAAAUGGCGGCGAAGUGGUGCAGCUGCAGAAUGGCGUUGGCGAGAAAACCGGCAGGCCGCUGCAUCAGACACACAGACAAGACAAGACAGGACAGGAAGGCACCCACGUGCGACUCGACUUCCAUCUCUGUCUGUGUGUCUCUCUCCCUCACUGCGUCAGGUUUGGGUAUGGUGACGGCCACCGAGGGCGCCUUGAAGAAGUCGAUGACCAGCUCCAGACAUCCCCCCUGCGCCCCACACAGCUGCAGCAGCUCGUCCAGUCGGGGCAGAGUAAUGUCCCCGCGGAUGCGCUCAUCGUCCCCGCCUCCGUCAGCUGUCAGGAGCUCCACCUUCCUGCCCGGCGCGCCUGUCAUCUCCACCACGGCCAGGAGGCCGCUCCACUUACCGCCCUUGCCCUCCUUAGCGUUGGGGGCCGGCCAGCCCUCGAGGGUGAGUGUGGCGGGUGUCUCUUGCUGGUGCUUGUGUGGGUGGAGGGAGGCCUUGAUGCACCACUCCAUGCCGUCGAUCUCCACCGACAAAAGGGGGCAGGGCAGACAGUGGUCCGACCCGCAGAGAUCGAAGAAACGCUGGGCCGACUCGAACCGCAAAGACACACCAGAAAGGGUCUGAACGAAAGCAGGCAUGACACGGCACAACACACAUCCGUCCAUCCGUCCACUCACACAGCAGAUCAGAUCGCUAUUUGCUUUGCUCACCGGUUUGGUGACGGAUGGUCCCUCGAUGAGGUGCAGGAGUAUGUCAAGUGAUCGUCCGCCUGCGAGCCAGAGGACGUGUCCGGCGUCGCCCCCCAGGCCCCACGCACACCGGUCGCCCCGCUCCUCGUCCAGCAGUCGCGGUGGGUACUUCUCGCCGCGGACAGUGAUGCCGCACGUGUACAGCACACCACUGGGGGGAAACACACACGCAGCACAGGACAGGGAGAUGCCCACACGAGUGGAUGCGAUCCGAUCCGCUUGUAGGGUGGUGUGGUGCGUUGCAUGGCAUGCCUGGUGAGGCGUUUGAGGACCAAGUGAGCGGGACCUCGUGUGGGGUCGUUGAUGUUGUGCACCUCCUCUUCCUCACUCAGCCCAUGGGGGUACAGCCGGCCCUCCAGCACACCAUACCGACACUUGAUGCCGCUCGUCUCCAGACGCGUACCCUUUGCCGUCACUGCACACACACACACAGAGUGCUUUCAUUGGUCUCCCUCCCUCCCCCCCUCCCCCUUGUGUCUGUCUGUCUAUCUGGGCUCACAUCCAGUGGUCCUCUGGAGGUCCGAGAAUUCGAUGCGGAUCUGGUCGUCGUCGACAAUGACAUCCGGUCCCUUGGUAAUGUCCAUUGUCAGGUCCACGGCGCCGCCCUGCCUCUCUGCCUCGGUCAGCAGCUGGGCCUUGUUCAGCAUGUCAGGCCGACCCACCAAGCCCCUCUCUCUCGGCAGCAGGAGGGGGGCGCACUUGGUGGUGUUGGACGACACACCGCAUAUCAGCGCACUGGGGGAGUCGUCCUUUGAGAAGAACAGACCGAUGUGCUCGGGCGACCGGGUCGUAAGGUACAGCAGGGGCCGCAGCGUCACACCGAAGGCGUCGAAGGGCGUGCCUUGGAGGGGCUCGUCGUCAGCCAAAUCCUCGCACAGAGACAGCAGCCCUUUGAGGUUGGUAACUCGCACAAUGAACCGGUUCGAACUCUGAACACGACCAAUCAACACAACACACUAUAGUGUGGGUGGGCAUGUCAUGUGUGUAUGGCCAGGCAUGCCGUUCCUCCCUCCCUCUCUCUCCCUCUGACUGACCUCUUCCUUGAGUUGCAGUCCUCCCUUGAGCAGGUCCAGCUGUAUGGCCAGCAGUCCGCCCGUCUCCUGCGCCGCCCUCGUGAGCAUCCCACGCUCGAACAGGUCAGGCGACCCCAUGCAGUCAGUGCCGGGGGGCAGCACCAGAACACGCGGCUGCCCACCAUUGCAGGAGGUCUUGUAGGUGAUGGCCUCGCCGUCUUUGCGGCGGCAGCACUCGAGGUAGAAGGCCGCCGUGCUGUUGGAUGCGCUGCCCGACUCCCCUGCCGGGCACAGCAGCGCCUGCAAAACGCUGUCGUGGAAACGGAACGGCUCGAAGUCAACAGCAUAGCCCUGAUAGACAGAUAGACGACGGACGGAGGGAAAGAGAGGGGGGGGAUUCAGAACAGAACACGAGUGUCGGUUCGUCGUGGUUGCUGUCCGUGUGGGUGUGUGUGUCUGUGUGUCUUACGGGCAUGCUUGCGCGUGCAAUGAGGUCGUAGUUUGGAAUGAGCAAGGCGAACCGACCAGACAUCUACACACACACACACACACAAUCAGUAUGUGACAGCAAGUCAAGUCUCCCGCGUUGUCCUGCUCUUGUCUUGUUGUGUGUCCCCUCCCUCACCGCCGAGUCUUCCACGAGGAAGGGCCCGGGUAUGAUGUGUGCCGUCAUCUCGAGUGCGCCCUUGUUGCCCUUGGCCACACUCUCGAGCGCAUCCGCGUCGAAGAAGUCACGCCGUCCGUCAGUGCGGCUGUUGGAGAAGAUGACCACGGGGGGAUAUGGCUUGGAGCCCAUCUCCGCCACCAGACUGAGGGACGACGCCUCAUACGCCGCUGUGCCGUUGGUACUGGCCUCCUUGCUCCCUCGCAUCUUGUCGCCCCCCGUGUCGUCUCGCUUGAGCAAGUAGAGUGCGGCCAUCUUGGUCUCGCUCUUCUGGUCCCCUCGUGGACAGAGGAGCAGCUGCAGCUCCCUGGGGAGUGCGAAGGACUUGCUGGGCAGGGUGAGGGAGGCCAAGCCUCUGGGGGCGGGGGACGGCAGCAGGUCCGAGAGGUGGAUAUGCAUGGCUGGGAGGCUGAAGGCCGCCGACUGGAUGGCCGUGCCCCGCAGACACGCAGAUGAGAAGUCGCUGAAGUGGGGGAAACGCAGCUUGAAGGACGACCAGCUGCUCCGCCCAUCCACCGACUGCUCCAACACACACGCACUCCAUGCCCGCCAUCCCUGCCCUGCGUGGUUUGGUGUGUAUUGCGACUUCACCCACCUUGAUGGUGGGUCCCUUGAUCAUUCUGAUCUUGAUGGCAAGGCACCCCCGCGCCUUGGCAGCGAUCGCCUCCAGGUGGCUGCCAGUGAAGUAGUCCACCCUCGAUGGCUCGUCGGCAAUGAGUGUCAGCGGCGGCCCCCCCGACACGUCAUCCACCUUGGCUAUGAGGGUGACCAGCUCGCUGCCGCCGCUCGUCUGGGUGAUCUCCAGCACCGCCUUGUCUUUGUCCUUGCCCUGGCCUUCGCGGCCUCGUGGGUAGAGGACUGCCCGCACGUAUCUGUCGCCCCACUGUAGGGGGGUGGCCGGCUGGAGCGAGUCGCCGGGGCGGCAGUAUGACAGCAGCGUUGGGAAGGCGUCUACCCUCAGCUCGAACGUGCACGCCUCCUGCAGCAUAGCAUAGCAUGACGGAGCAGAUACCAUACCAACCCGUUGAUCCAACCCACGAUUGUUCUGUGUUUGUUGUCCCGUAUGUAUCACCUGUAUGUUCUCGAGCACGACAAUGGACGGCGCCCUGACGACGGUGAGGUGCAUCAGCAGGGCGUCGCCGGCCUUCAUGGCCGCCUUGGCAAACUGCCGCCUGUCCACCUGGAAGGGCUCAGCACUGGGGAGGGGGGGCGAGGUCCGGCCGGCCGCCUCAGCGACGAAUACGACGGCGGUGCCCUUGGUGUUGGUGGCCUCGAGUGAGACGACAGGCCUGCCGUCGCCCCGGAUGCCCUUGGGCCUGAGCGUGGCGACACAGGGGGUCGGUGUGGAUGUGAUGGGGACGGAGACCAUCUUGUCGUCGGCCUGCGACACCAUGUCGAUCAGCGACACGUCCUCCCAACGAACCACAUACUGGGUCAGAGGCACACCCUGGUUGACAGUGACAAACACAUCACAUACAGAGAAAUAAAGGGGAACCUCAUCUAACUAUCUUGUGCAUGGUUGGUUCUGUCGCUCCCUUUCUUCCUCCGUCUUUCUUCCCUGACCUCAGCAGUGUGUGUGCAGGAGACCCUGGGCCCCUUGAGCAGCCGCACAGUGACCUCGACAUUGCCGGGACUCUCACCCAUGUCGAGAGUCGUCUUGGCAUGCACACUGUCAGCCCUCGUCAGGUCGCCCGAUGCCAUCUCCGUCGACUGCCCGCCGCCAGCCUCGGCCUUGAAGCUGAGGGACCCUUCAUACUGUGUCAGCCGCACCACCGACACCGACACAGCAUGGGUGGACGACGCCGACAGGCGGACGAUAAACCGGUGUCGGCAGAACUCGAUGGCCGGGCUGUCGAUGGUCGAGGACGACCGGGACAGGUCGAAUGAGAGCUGGAAGGACUGCUCCUCCUGACACACACGCGCAGACGCACACAGACGAGCACAGCUUAUCUUCUGUUGUGAGUCAUCUUCAGUGCCACAUGCACGUGCAUCUGGCCCACCGCUUUGUGUUUGAUGAUGGCGUCUAUGCAUUCGAGGGCCUCCUCACGCGAAUCAAGUGCCUCCAGGCACAGAGGCAGCACCAUCGCCUUGUACACUCAAGCUCAACUUCAAGUCAGCCAAUCAGCCAGAUCUCUCAUAUAAACCAUGCUGCUCAGUCAGCGAACCGUCAGCAGUGGCUUGGC